CAACAUGUGGCUCACAGUCUUUUCUGUCAAUUUUUUGCGCUUUGAUUUACUUUAAGAGCUAUGUUUUGUAGAAAUUUGUCAUACCAAUUGAAACGGUCACAUGAGCAUGUAUAAUUGUGUACAACUGUGUAACAUGGAUAUGGUGGAUGUAUGUACAUGUGUACAUUGUACACAUAGGAGGAAAUCAUUUGAUAAGAUUGACAAACUACUCGUGUCUAUUAAUUUUCAAGAGGAAUUAAAAAAUCCGGCAAGAUGAAACCUUUGGAUCCAUCUGAAAUAAACAUUACAUCAAGGCCAUUGCAUCAACCUCCUCUCAAUGAGUUAAUGAGUGUUCUAACAGAAGGAUUGACUACAAACUUUGCGGAGACUACUGUUGAGUUGGUGGAUUGUCCUGACUUUGGCAGAUGGCCCUACAAUUUUUACCGGGAAGGCUUGUGUGGUACUCCAAUUAUUUUGGAAGUUGGUGGUCCGGCUUAUCUUCUACCAACUGUACAGAGAGACAAGUUCUAUGAUAUUAAGACAAUACUGAAACACAUAAAUUAUAAUCGUGAUACUCUCGUCAUUGGCGCAGGAGCUGGACCGUGGCCACAUACAAGUUCCAAUUGUGAACUUGUUAUGAAGUUAAAUGUAGUAAACAAUAGAGUUUGCGAAGGCUCUUCGUAUGGCAUGGGAGUAGCAAAUGGAACACAUUAUGCUUUUGUAAAUAAGCGAAAUGGUGAGUGCAUACUCCAGCGAUUACCAGCCAAUGAGGAUGAAACAACUUUCGCGUUGUUGGCCAAUCUGUAUGUAUGCGAAGGUAAACCGGGAAAAGUUAUAAAGGUGCACGCUAAAAAACGUACUGGAAAACUGGAUUUCAUAUCUUGUAUGCAGAAAGCAUUGGGAAACCAAUAUAAAGAUAAGCUCGUUGGUUUGGGUGGCACGUUCGUGAUGAACAAUGGAAAAGUGAAGCAACACAUUAUGCCAGAUUUUUCGGACACUCCAUUGAAUUCCGAGGCCCAGCUUAAUGAGUGGUUACAUUUCUACGACAUGAAAACUCCUCUGAUAGCUGUUGGCACUUUCGUCAGCGCUGAGACAGACUUAGAUCUCAGGGUUCAACAUUUCCAUAGUGCCUACGAGGAAAGUCGAUUAGGUGGACAUUAUCAUAUCGAUACGACGCCAGAAACUAUUGAGUACGAGGGCUAUUUCAAUGUGGCAGCCACGCUUUAUCGUGUCGAUCAGCCACCCAACAAAUUACAGUUUGGAAAAGAUUGAUCCCAUAAAUUGCCGAAUUUUUACUAUGGGUUGGGUUUUAUCAGGUAACUCCAUGUACAAACCAACUGUUGUGAGCAACAGAUAAGAAGAUAUAUUAAUAAUAUAUUUUGUUAUAAUUUGUACAAUAUGAAAAACUUUAGCCUUUGUUCUAUAAUAUAAAA